CCUCUAAUCAUUUAUUGCUAAAGACUUACAAAAACCAAAUAAGUCUACACAACAACAACAAUAGUGUAGAAAAAAAAAAAAAAACUCACACUUCCACCAUCUUAGGACGACGGCGCGUGCAGACCAUUCUCCAAGUCAACGCGUGAGCGAAGACUUAAAAAGAAAUUAAGAAAGAGACUAAAGAGCCAAUAGCGCCCACCGAAAACAUUUUCUUACCGAACCAAAAAACACAAAACACAAUUUUUAUCUUUUCUCUCUUCUCUUCUCUCUCUCGUGCUGUGCUACAACAAAAUGGAGAAUUCGCCGAGAUACAGAGAAGCCACGAAUCUGAUUCCAUCGCCGAGAUGCCACAACAACAACAACAACAACAACAGCUGUAGUAUGAGCAGUAGCAGUGAGAGUAACAAACCACCCACAACCCCAACCCGACACGUUACUACAAGAUCCGAAUCAGGUAACCCGUACCCGACAACAUUCGUUCAAGCAGACACUUCAUCCUUCAAACAAGUCGUUCAGAUGCUCACCGGAUCCUCCGACAGACCCAAACACGCUUCUUCCCUUAAACCAAACCCGACCACCACCACCCAUCCACCCGACCCAAGAUCCACUCCUUCCUCUUUCUCAAUCCCUCCGAUCAAAGCCGUACCGAACAAGAAACAGUCUUCAGGGUUCCGCCUCUACGAGCGUCGCAAUUCUAUGAAGAAUCUCAAAAUCAAUCCUUUGAACCCAGUUUUUAACCCGGUUAACUCUGCUUUCUCCCCUCGGAAACACGAGAUCCUCUCUCCCAGCAUCCUCGAUUUCCCUUCUCUCGUUCUCAGCCCCGUCACGCCUCUUAUACCCGACCCGUUCGAUCGAUCCGGGUCAUCGAACCAGAGCCCCGACGAGCUCGCCGCCGAGGAGAAAGCCAUGAAAGAGAAAGGCUUUUAUCUUCAUCCAUCCCCAGCGACUACUCCGAUGGAUCCAGAGCCACGACUUCUUCCUCUUUUUCCGGUUACUUCACCUCGUGUCUCAGGUUCUUCAUCAGCUUCAACUUCUUGAAAACCCUAAUUUUUAUUUUUAUUUUUUUACUCAAUUUUUUUUUCCUUUUGUGAUCUUAAUUACAUAUUAUAUAAUUGGGAAUUGAGGUGCAUCCUGAUGAGAAUUAUUAUACGAGAAAAAAAGUUGUAAUGUUGAGAUGUUUGCUAAAUUUUUAAAAAUCAUCCGCCUUCAAUUGUAUUAUUAUUAUUGUUAAAUCUCUCUUUCCUGUAUGGUGAUUUUAAUAUGAUGCUCUCUACUUCACUUAUUUCAAUGAAUUGAAUGCUAAAAAUCAGAUUAGUAUUUUUCA